GUAGCUGGUUGGUCAUUCCUUCAGUCAGUCAGUCAGUGUAGGUAUAUACAAUGAAGCAGAUAACAUUACGUCGGGACUGAUAAGACUGAUUCAUGGUUCUCACAUGUCGAUAACUAUCGAUGAGGAAUCAUUAAUUUUGCUCCGAGCCGAAAAUGAAAGAAAUAAUCCCAGCAUUCGUGGAACAUCCUUUGGUUCACUUCCGACAACGGUACGAAUGGGACUGCGGCCUAUCGUGCAUCCUGAUGCUUUUGGGUCGUAAUGAGAAAAGAUCUUUUUUGGCUGACUUUAAAGACAUUUGUGAAAAAGGGGGAUUUGGGGAAAGUACAUGGACCAUCGACCUGUGCUACAUCCUCAAGGACUUUGGAAUAAAGCACAAGUACCUCACUACUACAUUCGGAGCAAAUCCAUCGCAUCUGGGGAAGGAGUACUACAAGUGCUUCAGUGCGGAUGAGGAGCGAGUGAAUGAAAAGUUUAACAAGGCAUCGUCCUGUGGCAUUCCGGUCGAGAUCAAAUCGGUAACGCAGCAGUUCCUUCAAGAGCAUUUAGCUAACCAUGGCAAUAUCAUUUUGUUAACCAACGCCUCUCUAUUGUACUGUGAUCUUUGUAAGGCUAACAAGCUUUCCAUUGAACUGAGAUCGUGUCUAGGAUUGAAAGCGGCAUAUAUGGGACAUUAUGUAAUUCUAUGCGGAUAUGACCAAAGAAUACAGAAAUUUGUAUACCGAAACCCUGCAUUCAAGGACAAGGUAUGCUUCAUGUCCUUCGAUGCCAUGGAUAAAGCCCGAAAGGCUAGUGGAACGGACGAAGACAUCAUCCUAAUAUAUGACAAACAAUUGUGAUAAAGGCAGAACGCUUGAUCUAACCUAAUUAUUUAUGUAUUUCAAUGCAUUUAAAUGAGAAGAAAAUAUGGAUUUCGGAUUCCCUCUAAAGUAACAAACCGCUAUGCUUCUCUCCAUUCAUCACAAUGAGUUUUUUAUUCUCUAUUUUAAAUGUCAUAUUCUAUUUGAUAUAACCCUACGAGUUAACUUCUACUUAUUUAUUUUGUACAUUUUAAUAAUAACUUGAAUUUUAAAAAUAAA